GUCAGCCUGCACGUCACAGCAUGGACGCAGAGGACAGCGACGGCGACUUCGACGGCGCGCAUGUGCGCGCUCUGUGCUUCGACGCGGUCAACACUCGCCUCCACGACGUGCAGUUGGAGGUCGACAAGAUCGCGGGCUCAUCGGUCAAGUCGGCGACGCAGGAGGAGACGGCGCCCAUCACGGCCGCGUUCCAGGCGAAUUUCGACAGGUGCAUGGCUGCGUGCAAGAAGGACAUGGACGAGUUCCCGAAGCGCAUGGACCAGCAUAUCGCGGCCGUGGUCACACCCAAGCUCGGCGCGCUGCGCGCGGAGGUCCUGCAGCGGCGCGACGAGAUCCGCGGCGAGAUCACGCAGGUGGACUCGAAGGUUACAGAACACGAUCGGCCCUUGGGCGAGAUGCAAAGCCAGAUCAAGGAGCUCCAGGCGGCAUUGGUUGUCGCCAACUCACAGCGCCCUGCUCCGAAGGAGAUGCAGAUCACUGGGGAUAUGUGGUCGUUAUCUUCACCUGGCCCGCUCGCCAAGAUGUUUGCGCUGCAGAUCUCAGGGGCGACGGGCCUGGCUUCCAGGCACGUGCAGAAGAUCUUCAGCGGCUUGCGCAUCUCGGGCACGCAGUGGCGUGAGUUUGAAGUUCCAACGCAGGCGGGCGGCACGACGCGCUUGCACAUCUCGGGCGACAAGAACCCGAAGCAGAUCAAGAAGGAGAUCACAGACAGGAAGCUGCGCGCAAAGCUGCAGGAGGUCCACGGCCAUGAGCAGAAGAUCUCCUUCGACAGGGACCGCGGCUGGCUCUCGCUCGGCUGGGGUGCCCUGUGCAAGAUUGAGGUUCUCCCUGGGCGCGAGGAGGCAGAGAUCUUCUGGAACCCUGGCACCAUCACGAAGUACGGCAAGUCGGAGGAUUUGCUGGUCGAGGCUGUAGGUGGGCUGCUCCAGCCAGAUCGAGAGCCGCAGUGGCGCCUUUAG